UCAGCGAAGUCGCGUCUGUUCGCUCCUCUGCACGCUGCGCGACUCCGAGAACGCCCCGCCUCCUAACAUCUGCGUAGACUAUAUAUGCGUGCUCGUGAAUGUCCUGUUAUUUUGUUUCUGCAAACUCAAACUACAGCAGGAAUCCGCCAAACUGACCAAACUCAUAAAGACUACGGAGAGAACUACAGCUGAAAAAUGAGUGCCUCUAAAAGUCAAAGAAAUUCUGAGUCCAAGCUGAAGGAUCUGCAGUGCCACUUCACCUGGGCUCUCGACCCUGAGAAGUCCCAACUUUUACGUUUAAAGGACAAGCUUGAGGACAUCGGCACCGAGAAGGGAAAUCAAUGGCUGGGCCACAUUUACAACCUGCGGGGGUUUAUUGAGCAUAAGCUGGGGUUAAAUGAAGAGGCUAAGAGUUUGUUCCAGAAGGCUACGGAGGCACUCAACAAGCUGAGAAAGGCAGAUGAGGGUCCUUGGUUAGUGGUGAACUACGGGAACCUGGCCUGGCUGCACCACCACCUGGGAGAUCAAGCAGAGAGUCAGGCUUACCUGUCAAAGGUUGAUGCCCUGAUGGAAAAAUACCCAUCUCCAUCCCAGGACGAGCUCCAUCCAGAGAUCUGCGCUGAAAAGGCCUGGACCCUGAUCAAUUUCGGUAAAAAGGUACAGCCGCAGGCUGCAGAUCUCUUCGAGAAAGCCAUCAGGAUGCAGCCGGACAGGGUGGAGUGGAAUGCCAGCUAUGUCUUAGGUUUAGUGCGUGCCAGUAAGCACAGCGAAAGCGGGGUAGACGCUAACUCCCUGAAGAAAAUGGAACGUGCAAAGAAUCAGAAUCCAAAUAACUUGUACCUCGCUGCUGUCUACCUUACGCAACUUGCCAAGAAAGGACAAAAAGUUGAGGAUGAAGCACAAAAGUUGGCAAGUCAGAUCUUGAGAAAUCCGCUCAGCAGCUACAGCGGUAUAAAGCCAUUACUGAGACUUUACACACACUACAUAUCUGUAGAUGAGGCCAUUGAUUUGGCAGAGGAUGCUCUGAAAAAACAUCCAGAUGAGCGUUAUCUUAAGAGAUGUGUUGCACUCUGCUACAAGUGGAAGAUCUUGUUUUUUUUCAGAAAGAGUCGCCCAAGGCCAGGCAUGACAGAGAGGGCAAUCAGUCUCCAUCGAGAGGUUAUUUCUCUUUACCCUAACUCUUCAUUCGUCAAGAAAAUUGAUCUUGCAAGUGUGUACGCAAAGUCAGACAAGGCUAAAGCCGAGGCGAUAUUCCAGAAACUGCUCCAAAGGGAUCUGGAGCCUGCAGAGAAACAGGUGCUUUACAACCGCUUUGCAAAGUACUUAUUCUAUGAUAAACAGGAUUACCAAAAGUCAAUGCAGUUCAACAUGAGGGCUGCUUCGAUAACAGUCGAGUCCUUCUUCCGUGACGACAGCAUCGAAGCUCUGAGGAGAACAAAAGACACAACAAAGUGGAACCGAAAGAGUAAAGAAAUAGAAGAGUUUCUGGCUAAACUGAAACUGUAGUGUCCUCCAGAAAAAUGGAGGUAGUGUAUCACCUAAAAAAAGAUCAGGAGCACUCGCAAAAAUGAAGCUAAGGCGGUUUAUGAAAAUCAUACAAUGAUUUCAAACAGUGAAGUUUUACAGCAGCCUUGAUUAGUUUCAGUGUAAUUAAGCUUUCUUUGCAGGGAACGCUAAAAUACGAUUUUCUUUUUUACGUUUACAAAUCGAGCAAUGUUUGACAAAUUCAUACCGACAUGUAACAGGAGUCUCUGCUGGCUGUGUUAUUGUCGGUGCCGUGUAAACAUGGACGGGACGGCCUUGAAUGUCAUGCAAGAGUUUUUAGAUCACGGUCAUUCCGUGUCAAUUAACAUGCAAUGUGAAGCUAUGAGCUAACUAAAGAGCGCUAACAUUAGCAUGCUAACACAACGAUGAAGGACAGGUGAUUGCAGUUUGAGUAAAGGACGAUUUUGUCUGCCGCUUAUGCUUAAUGGUGUUUAAUUACGGUGCGAUCCAUUUUAUAACUCAGUCGUGGGAAUGCGAGGGGAGGGGGGUUGGAGGUGUGUUGCUGGAGGAGAGCGGAGGCUUCAGUAUGGAGGAGGCGUGGCCAAACAGCAGUUUGUUUUGGUUUCACACUGGUGCUCAAGGGCGACAUCUACUGGAUCAAAAAGUCACACAUUCUUCCUUUAAUGUGAUGUCCUCAGAACGAAACGCUGAUUAGCAUGUUAGCAGUUAGCUACAGGCGCUCAGUAGUUUUUGUAUCGAUCCAUUGGGACACUUUUUCUGACCUCCUCCGUCUGAAUGUUUCAUAAAAGAUGAUUCCCGGAUGUGAAAGUGAAAGGGUGCAGCGAAACAUGUAAAUAAAUUAUGAAUAUGAUGUAUCCUUAAAACUUUGAUUUGGUUAAACUUUAAACAAAUUCAUGUUAAAUUUUAAACACAGCCACAUAAAUCUGCACUGUGAGUUUGUUUUAUGCAUUUAAAUGACUUGAUAGAGUUUUGACCCAAAUGGAUUUCAGGUGGUUUGUGUUCCUGAUUGUUUUUACAUCGUCUAAUUCUUGACUUUGCCGAUAAAAAAAGCUCUCUGAAUUUCCUCUGAAGUGAUGAAUAUUUGCUUUAUAGAUAACCCUGCGUUGCUUGGUUUUGCAAAAAGAAGUGAAUUUGAUGAAUAUUAUUUUUGGAUGAAGGUGAUUGUGUUCAUGCUGUGAUCAAAUAAACAUGUUCACUAAUAAAACUUUGAAUGUU